AGAAGAAGAACGUCUUCCUUCAUUUGAGUUUUUUUUUAUCUGUUUCACACAGAAGAAGAAGAAGAAGAAAAACUUUAAGCUUUUAAGCUACACGGCUGUCACUAUGGAUGUCAAGGCCGCACAAGAAGCCCAGGAGGUUAUAUCAAGCACAACGAGCGCCAAAGUCAACACGUGUGAAGUAGAAAGUGUUGCUCAAUCGUGGAUGAUUGACUUCUGCUUCCUGUCGCUGUGCGGGUUCUACAGAGAACAGAACGCCGAGAAGUUUAGUAAAACUUUGAAAGUGUUUGAAGCGAUGAUCGAUGACGAGGACCAGCUUCAGGACAGUCAGCAAACGAAGAGAACCAUCUGCUGCUUGCUUUCCAGAAUCAUGGAUGGCAAAAACUUGGAUGCGCAUUACGACAUGAAUAACAAAGUGACUCCACUGAUGUCGGCUCUCUCAGUUUGGGAUUGUCUAAAAGAUACCAUCAACGACUCCGCGCUACACGACAGCAUUAAGAACCUGUUAUUUAUUCAGUGUGUGGGUGUGUGUUUGGAGAACGGGAACACUCAGCUCGCAGCACACACACUGCAGUGGCUCGAGAAAGAAACAAAUUUACCCGAGAGACUGCAAAGGAAAUUAUCCAUCAUUGUGUCUAAGAAGGAUGUAUACGAUCAGCUCCUAACAAGGUUUUCCUUCGAUCAUCUCCUCAAAAACAUCAACAUGUUCUUGGACACAUUCCUUGAAAAACAUCCUUCUGACUUUUUGUUCAAGGCUGCCUCCAAAGUGGUUCAGGUUCAUCAUGAGAGACCGGAGCAGACCUCAGAGCAUGAGGUAGAACAGAACUACGAGGAACCAGAACCAGACAGUUUUAAAAAGCCAGAGACAACUACUGUUUCAGCAGCGCUUAAUCUAAAGCCCAAAAAGAAGCUUUUCUCCAACAAAACUGUUCGUCCCUGGAAACCAGAAAGCUCAAAGAAACUGCAACGUCUUCCUCACCAACCAACUAAAAUAAAAGUAUCCAGAGCAAGCUGCCAAAUGCCGCAACCAAAGCAAAACACCGUCUCCAAAUACCGAACCAAGAAGAAGUGGCUCUUCGAAGAGGACCAGCAUCUGAAGGCAGGUGUGAGGAAAUAUGGAGAGGGAAAGUGGUCUAAAAUCCUGCAGGAAUUUGAUUUCAAAGACCGGACCAGCGUGAUGCUUAAGGACAGGUGGAGGACAUUAAAGAAACAUGGGAAGGUUUAAAACUCGAAGCUCUAAUUUAUUUUUUCCGUGUAUUCCUGACACUGUUAUUAUACUGUGUAAUUAUACAAAUUAUUCAUUUUAACCUUUACCAUUAGAUUAAAUAAAACUGAAUUUCAUUUUAAGAAGGAAACAUCUUGAAUUUCUAUAAAAUGUACAUACAUAUUACUGUUUAUUAUAAGUGACUGUAAAUAUUUUAGCAAUCUAACAUUGACUUAUUUUUUUAAACCACUGUACAUACAAACAUGCACAUUUCAAUGUUGAUGCUUCUGUUGUGCCAGAAAAAUGUUACACAAAAAAAUCUCCAAAUAAA